AAUACAGAAGUAUCAUCUUCCUUCUUGAAGAAGCAAAGUAUUCACGGCGCUGUCGGAUUUUGUGCGAAGUCUAUAAUCCGUUAAAUAAGAUUACAGGAAUCAUUUUCGUUUGAGCUCGUUAAGAUCCAUUUCAUCAUGGUUUCCCAGACGGCGCCUACUGCAGCCUCCGAGAGCCAGCCAAUCGUGGACGUCGAGAUGGAAAGCGCCGAAGAUGCGGAAGCAGCGAAGAAAGACGCUGAGCUACUAGCGGUCCAGGAAAUCCGGGACCAUGCACGCCAGAUCGACAAAGCGGUCGUGAGUAAGGAACCCAGGUUCAUCCUGCGAGUGCUACGCUCGCUUCCGACUACACGUCGAAAGCUGUCUUUGGUGGUCAUCCGUUCAUUGGCCGUGCAGCUCUACCCGGCGGGGCCAGAGCGUGAAGGUGUGAUGGCUUACAUCGAGGACUACCCCGCGGGAGCACAGGAACCGGAGCUACCGCGUCCCCGGGCGGCAAUCAAGAGCCCGGUACCGGAGGUCGAUGCAUACUUCCAUCUUCUGCUGUUGGUGCGACUUCUGGACAAAAACGAACUUGCUAAAGCGACGACCUGCGCGCAAAAUCUGAUGACGGAGAUUGUCGGUCAAAAUCGCCGUUCGCUGGAUUUGAUCGCUGCCAAGUGUUACUUCUACUAUUCCCGAGUGGCAGAGUUGAACAACGAUUUGGAAAGUAUUCGACCGUUCCUGCACUCCCGUCUUCGCACGGCUACCCUACGCAACGACUUCGAAGGGCAAGCGGUUCUAAUUAACUGCUUGUUGCGCAACUAUUUGCACUACUCGCUGUACGACCAGGCAGAUAAGCUGGUCAACAAGUCGGUGUUUCCGGAAACUGCCAGCAAUAACGAGUGUGCGCGUUUCCUGUACUAUCUUGGUCGCAUCAAGGCAGCUAAGCUGGAGUACAGUGUGGCCCACAAGCAGCUGGUGCAAGCGCUCCGUAAGGCGCCGCAACAGGCCGCCGUUGGUUUCCGACAGACGGUGCAAAAGCUCGUAAUCGUCGUAGAGCUGCUGCUGGGAGAUAUUCCCGAGCGGAAGGUGUUCCGUCAGGCUGCUUUGCGUCGUUCGCUUGGACCCUACUUCCAGCUCACCCAGGCUGUUCGCAUGGGUAAUCUGCAGCGCUUUGGUGAGGUGCUAGAAAACUUCGGCGAGCAGUUCCGACAGGACCACACGUUCACGUUGAUCAUUCGCUUGCGCCACAAUGUCAUCAAGACUGCGAUUCGCUCGAUUGGGCUGGCAUAUUCACGCAUUAGUCCUCAGGACAUUGCAAAGAAGCUUGGACUGGAUUCGCCCGAAGAUGCCGAAUUCAUCGUUGCGAAGGCUAUCCGCGACGGUGUGAUUGAGGCAACGUUGGACCCGGAGAAAGGCUACAUGCGUAGCAAGGAAAGCACCGAUAUCUACUCAACGCGCGAGCCUCAGCUCGCCUUUCACCAGCGUAUUUCGUUCUGUUUGGAUCUGCACAACCAGAGCGUAAAGGCGAUGCGAUAUCCACCGAAGUCGUACGGCAAGGAACUGGAAAGUGCCGAAGAGAGAAGGGAACGCGAGCAGCAGGAUCUGGAGUUGGCCAAGGAGAUGGCCGAGGAAGACGACGAUGGAUUCUAAAUGAACAGCCGAACGAAGAAAGUGGGGUUGAAGUUCUGCUGAAUGUGUGAAGGGCAGGAUUGAGUACAUAGGAAUAAUUCAAUGGCGCUUUGGCGUAUCUCGUAUAUUUCAUGUCGCAAAAAUUGCGUAAUUCAUUUGAGGAAUAAAUAUUGGAACCGCAAGUUUUUUGUGAAUUUACUUAAAAACAUUGUCACAAAGGAAUUACAUGCAUCUUUGUUU